AUGAUGCAACUAUCGUCACUAACACUUCGUAAGACAUUAAGCGACUUCGCUGACAAGACGGCUCCGAACACUUUUGACCAAGUCGCUAGCAUACUUGCAAACGAGUUGAAAGUAACCAAUAUUCUUACUAAACUUGAUCUUGAAGGGAACCAAAUAUCUGAGAGAGGAGGUGAAGCGUUGGCAGAAGCGCUGAGACUAAACAACACUCUGACUCAACUUGAUCUUAGAGGCAAUCAGAUGUGCGAUCGAGGCUGCGAAGCACUGGCAGAAGCACUAAAAGUAAAUCACAGUCUGAUUCAGCUGGAUCUUAGCUGGAACCGAAUAUCCGAGAGAGGAGGUGACGCACUGGCGGAAGCACUAAAAGUAAACAAUAGUCUCACUCAACUCAGUCUUGAAGGAAACGAUAUACGCGAUAAGGGUGGUGAAGCACUCGGAGAAGCACUAAAAGUAAAUAACACUCUCACUAAGCUACAUCUUGCAAAGAACGACAUGCAGCACAGAGGUGGUGAUGCAUUGGCAGAAGCGCUAAAAGUAAACAAUAGUCUCACUCAACUUGAUCUUAGAUGGAACCGAAUAUCCGAGAGAGGAGGUAACGCACUGGCGGAAGCACUAAAAGUAAACCAUAGUCUCACUCAACUCAGUCUUGAAGGAAACGAUAUAUGCGAUAAAGGUGGUGAAGCACUCGGAGAAGCACUAAAAGUAAAUAACACUCUUACUAAGCUACAUCUUGCAAAGAACGACAUGCAGGACAGGGGUGGUGAUGCAUUGGCAGAAGCGCUAAAAGUAAACAAUAGUCUCACUCAACUUGAUCUUAGAUGGAACCGAAUAUCCGAGAGAGGAGAUCUUGCAAAGAACGACAUGCGGGACAGAGGUUGUGAUGCACUGGCAGAAGCACUGAAAGUAAACAAUAGUCUCACUCAACUUGAUCUUAGGUGGAACAGAAUAUCCGAGAGAGGAGGUAAAGCACUGGCAGAAGCACUCAAACUAAAUAACAGUGUGAUUCAACUUGAUCUUGAAGGGAACGACAUGCGGGAGAGAGGUGGCAAAGCACUCGGAGAAGCACUAAAAAUAAACAACGCUCUCACUCAAUUUGAUCUUAGGUGGAACAGAAUAUCCGAGAGAGGAGGUAAAGCACUGAGAGAAGCAUUGAUAGAAGGUGAAAGAGUCGUUCUGUAGAAUGAUUCGGGAGUGGCGUUAUUUGAUUUUUUGUUG